AUGGCUGAGCAUGGGGCUCACAUCACAACUGCUUCUGUGGUGGAUGACCAGCCAUCCAUCUUUGAGGUGGUAGCACAGGACAGUCUAAUGACAGCAGUGAGACCUGCCCUUCAACAUGUGGUCAAGGUUCUUGCAGAAUCAAAUCCUGCCCACUUUGGCUUCUUUUGGAGGUGGUUUGAUGAAAUCUUUACUCUGCUAGAUCUUCUGCUUCAACAGCAUUACUUGUCUAAAACUAGUGCCUCAUUUUCUGAAAACUUUUAUGGCUUAAAGCGGAUUGUAAUGGGGGACCCACACAAGUUUCAGAGAUUGGCCAGUGCUGGUCUCCCAAAGCAGCACCUUUGGAAAUCAGUUAUGUUCCUUGUUCUUAUUCCCUAUCUGAAAGUAAAGCUAGAGAAGCUGGUUUCUAGCCUGAGAGAAGAGGAUGAAUAUUCUAUUCACCCCGCUUCUUCCCACUGGAAACGAUUUUACCGAGCCUUUCUGGCAGCCUACCCAUUUGUUAACAUGGCUUGGGAAGGUUGGUUUCUUGUACAACAACUUCAGUACAUCCUAGGAAAGGCUCAGCAUCACUCACCACUGCUGAGGCUAGCUGGAGUUCAGUUAGGUCGACUGACAAUUCAGGACAUACAAGCUCUGAAGCACAAACCAGUUGAAGCCAACAUGAAACAACCACCAGCCAGUGUUAGUAAGAAGAUAAAGGCAACCCUGAAGAAAGCUGUGGGAGGUGCUGCCUUAUCCCUCUCUACGGGGCUUUCUGUGGGUGUAUUCUUCCUGCAGUUCCUUGAAUGGUGGUACUCAUCUGAAAAUCAAGAAACCAUCAAAUCAUUGACUACCCUGCCUACUCCACCACCACCUGUCCAUCUGGACUACAACUCUGAUUCUCCUCUACUACCCAAAAUGAAGACUGUGUGCCCACUGUGCCGUAAAACCCGGGUGAAUGAUACUGUACUUGCCACCUCUGGCUAUGUGUUUUGUUAUCGCUGUGUGUUUAAUUAUGUGAGGAGUCACCAAGCUUGUCCCAUUACAGGUUAUCCCACAGAAGUACAACAUCUGAUUAAACUGUACUCCCCUGAGAACUGA